UGCCACAUACGCUCCUUACAAAGCAACUAACAUUAUUUGGAAAUCUAUUUGAGGAAAAAAAUGCACUUUGAGCGUCUCUGCAGUUCUUGUGUCUGAAGCAUUGAUUAGGAAAAUCGGCAGCACAACACCAACAAAAGAGAGGAGAAUAUGGUGAAGGCAGCUAAGGAAAUUGAAAUGGAGAACCCUAGAGAGGCAGAGGCUCCCAGCACAGGGGCCACAUGUUCCCCACCAGAGGAACAAGCAAAAAAACCCUCCAUGCUCUGUUUUAAGAAGCGGAAGAAGUCCUGUAAGAAGGGGCUGACUGUGAAGGAUGCGUGCGAAGGAGCCUCAGAGGAGAAAAGCCAAUGUGUCAGCGCUGACCAAGAGGAGGCCAAAGCUUCCAAUCCAUCACGAUCCUCCAAAGGAACCUGGGCAGCCAUCAAAAACCUUGCCAGACCUCAGAGAAGGCAGAAGUCCUCCUCACGGAAGAAGGUGCCCUCUGAUUCCCAAGUGCAGCUGGAGGUGGAUGCUGAGGACAGCUGUGCACAAGACCUCCCAAAGAAACGGGCAAGCUCUGGGGUGAAGAUGCCCUGUGUGAGGUUCUCCAGAGGUAAGAAAAAACCCAGCCCCUCAGAAGCAGUGGAGGAGUCAGAGGGCAGUGUUCAAGCAAAUGAAGCGAUGGGUGUUGUGAAUAAGGCUAGUGAAGAGCCAGAGGAUUUGGCCCCGACAUACAAAUCUGAAUCCCUCAGCCCAGUCUCUGCCCAGGAGGAGAAGGAUAUGGCAAAGCAGGAGCAGCAUAGAAUGAAGGAGGACCAGGAUACAAUGAAAGAGGACCAGGAUACAGUGAAAGAAGACAGCCAUACAGAAAAGGAAAGUGGCAUCUCUGUUGGGAAGAGUGAGCCCUCAACAGAGCCCACACGUGAUGCAGAACAUUCAGAGUGCACUGUUCAGUUGGAGAUAACCAAUUCAGAGACAUUUGAUGAAACAGCCCAGGACAAACUGCAGGAAGGGAGUCUGCCCCAAACCACCGACCAUGUGGAGGGCAGGGAAGUUGCUCCCGAAGCUGUUUCUAAAGAUCAACCUGACAAUGCCCCUGAAAUCACAGAGUGGCAGGAAAUCCCUCAUAUCUGCAAAGAGAUGCCUGAAAGGGAUGAAUUGGAAAAGAGCAUAAAUCUUUCUAAAGAGUGCAAAGCCGAGGAGUCUGUAACUGAUUUCAGUGAGCUGGCAUCUGGAGGUGAUGCAGCGAGUGUGCAGGAGACAGCGAGUGCCCAGGAUACAGCAAGCGUGAAGAAUGCAGCGAGUGUGCAGGAUGCAGCGAGUGUGGAGGAUGCAGCAAGUGUGCAGGAAUGCUCCAGCCGUCAGAUACUAGAAGCAAAUGCAGGUGCUGGUGUCAGCAUCGUCAUCACCAUCACCGAAGCUGAGGACUCUGACAACACCGACUCUGACCAGGGCUAUGAGCCAUCCCCAGUUUUGCACCAAAAAAAGCAAAAAGGGAAUAAAAAAUCAAACAGGAACACUGAUGUUGGCCAAAAAGAGGGCCCUGAGGCUGGUGGUGGUCCCCAGGCAGAGGAGAAAGGUCUGGGUGACCAGGGGCACAGAACUGGUGAGCAGUACGAGCUGCUCCUCAUAGAAACCGCCUCCUCCCUCGUGAAGGCGGCCAUUCAGUCAUCCAUAGAGCAGCUGGUCAACGAAAUGGCCCUGGAACAGAACAAGCACAACAGCUUUCUGUGAUGGCAGCCUUGCCCCAGAGAGAAAGGGCAGAGAGAGUGAUUUCAAGCUCCAUUUGGCCUGCGGGGUGUGUGGAGAGCUGGGAGAGCUCCCAGUUAAUUCUGUAGUUAUUCUGCAUGCCCGUUCAGUUGUGUCUAUGUGAAACGGAUCCCGGGACGUGGGCAGACCCUGCUGAGAGCAGCGUGUCCCCUGGG